CACUGAAGACAUGGGAGCUAUCAUGUUGUUCAUCUUUAUUCUUACAUCAGCUGCUGUAUCAUCUCAGUAUACAACACCACAGAGAACCAUGAAGACUUCCCAAACAACUACUACGAGUCCAGGGCCUCUAGCGCAAAGUAUCAUCAUUUUGUGCAUCGUUGGGGCUGCUGUGCUUGGAGCACUACUAAUCACUGCAGUUGUUGUAGCCAUAGUAUGGCUGAAGUGCAUGAAAGCAACAAUUAACAAAGACAGCAAGCCAGCCAUUCACCUGAAUAAAUGUGAUAAUACCAGUACAUGUUACCCAACACCAGAUGGAAAAGAGGACUACAACAACUGCUCUCCUCUUACCAGACGCUCAGAGAACAAGGAUGAUGAUGACACUUCAAGUGACAGUUCUGAUGACUCUGAAAGGUUUCAUAAUCCUAAGAAUCAAGGCAGCUUUGAAAGUUCAGACAGCUCUGACAAUUCUGAUAGUUCUAGCACAUCAUCAUCUUCAUCAUCAUCCCAGGAAGGGGUAACAUAUGUCACACUAAAUCUUCCGCCGACAAGUAAAGCACAGCACCAGAUGGAGGAUUACAUCAAUCUGCAGCUGUCUGAAGACUAUGAGAAUUUACAGUCAUCCAAACAUACAGAGAAGGAGGUGGACUAUGUCAAUGUAGCACCAGUGCAGGAAACCUCAAACAAUGCAGUACAGCGGUGGCUUUCAGAGACUACGGACUACUGCUCAGUGAUCGUGAAGUGACACAUCUGCAGCUCAGACAUUUUGGCAAAAAGUCCACGUUGUUGUGAAUGUUAAUUUUUCCAGGGGACUACAUCCAGCUGUCUAUAAAUCAAUAUUUUAAGAAUAUUUAGUCAGCCACAGGAGGGACUUGUUUUUUUUUCUAGGGUAAAGAACCAGCCUGGAUUCCUCUGCUCCACUUUUUCUUUGAUGAUAAGGAUGCAUAUUUUCCAAGUUAACUAUUUUCAAACAUUUGGACUAUAACACUUUUCUUGGUAUUCAUAAACAACUAUUUAGUUUUCCUACACAAAGUAGAAAUAGUCUAACUAAAAUCUGUUUUAUCCUUGUAAAUGUUUUUCCUUACCUUCUGUCAUGGUCUGGCUCUAUGUAAUGAGGCUGAUUAACAUGCACAGGAAAUGGGAUCAGUAAUAUUAAUGAAAUGCUUCUAUGCUUUUAACUAGCCAUGCUACUUGGCCUCCCUGCUGCAGAAACACAAUGACUUUGUACUUCAUUAAUGAUUAGGGUCCAGGCAUGAGCCCUAUUCAUUGACAGCUACAGCUGAAGUGGGAAUGUUGGCAUCAUGGUUAAAGUGUUUACCUUGCAGACACAAUGUGCAGGGUUUGAUUCUCACAUGGGGUAAUUGGCUAGGCUUAAAAUGGCCCACAAGGGCAGUUAGGCUAAUACUAAUCUCUUUACCUAUGAAGAACAAGAUUUUACUAACAUAAGGUUUCUGUUGUUAUGUGGUGUUUCAAUGUUUCAGCCCAAAAUUAAUGGAAGUUGAUAGUAUGGUUGGGGGGGGGGGGCUUGUGAAAAUGCACACAGUGUACAUUUUAAUAUACCCCACCAGCAAGCACAGAUGAUUAUGGCCCCACCACCAUGAAUCUUUUGGUAAAUGUACCCAAGUGCCAGAGAACAAUCUGUUCAAGGAAAUAUCCAGGAACAUUGCAUGUGCUGCUGCCUUGCAACAGAAAGAUUGUGGUAAGGAAGAGUACUAUGAGAAAAUCUAACAUCCUGCUAUAAAAAGGCCUUGUAAGCACUGGUAACCUGCUUAGAAAACUUUAGAAUGUUUCUGUUUCCCCUGUGUUUAACAAAGAAAAGUCAAGGAGAAAACCAAACCCAAAUUCCCAUACUGAUCCAAUCCUUGGGUUAACUUAGUUUUGUCCUGAAUCACUACAAGAUUUUUGUAAAUAUUUGUACACAUGGAAAGAAUAGUAGUUUUGUUUUUAAGA